UCGAUAUCGCAGCACAGAACACCCAGACACUCCGAAUUUAUGUUUUACGUACCUGUCUAUGGGGUGUGGUUUAAAUUCAAGGAAGUAAACCCCUUUCAAUGCAUUUCACCGACGCCCAUGUCUCUCCGUCCCCUUGUGAGAUAAGCUUGCUCCGAUAUUUCUGGAACCCAUCCCUAGCGGUCCCAUAAAACCCUGAUAAUCUGGUCGACUUAGUGCCCGUCCAUCCACUGCCCACGAUUAGAUUGCUGCAGAAAUGGGAGGUGCACGGAACAUAUUGUUGCUAUCCUCGUCGCGUUUGCACGGCCAUGGACUGUUGGAGCAUGCGCGCGGCCAGCUGGAGGAUCUCUUCAAGAGCUGCAAUGUGAAGACCGUGCUCUUUGUGCCCUACGCUCUGCGGGAUCACGACAGGUACACCGCCACCAUACAGGAUGCACUGAAGCCUUGGGGAUUCGAUGUGGAGGGACUGCACACGAAGCCGGAUCGCGAGAAGGCGCUGAGGGAAGCACAGGCCGUCUUUGUGGGCGGCGGCAACACCUUCGUGCUGCUGCGCUCCCUCUACGAGAUGAAGCUGCUGGAUCCGAUCAGGGAACUGGUGCUUCAGCAGGGAUUGCCCUAUGUGGGCAGCAGUGCGGGCACGAACGUGGCAACCCGCUCCAUCCACACCACCAACGACAUGCCGGUGGCCUAUCCGCCGAGCUUUGAGGCCCUCGCCCUGGUCCCCUUCAACAUCAAUCCCCACUAUCUGGAUCCGGAGGUGGGCAGUCGGCACAAGGGCGAGACGCGUGACGAGCGGCUGGAGGAGUUCGUGGCGUACCAUGGACUGCCCGUACUGGGUCUGCGCGAGGGCACCAGCGUUCGGGUUCAGGGCGGCAAAGCCACCCUCCUGGGCGAUCGCAAUGCCAAGCUAUUCAAGGUUAACGGUGGCACCGAGGAGCUAGCACCCCAAGCGGAUCUCAGCUUUCUGCUGCAGAACUAGGUUGAAAGUCGAGCAAAAGGAGUGAAUUAAGGAAAACAUUGCAGUUUAUUGUACAUAUGCACAUUUAUAAUUUGUUUUAUUCUGCAAUAACAACAAUUCCUAUACGUAAACAGUACAUACACAGUAGUUGUACACUGUGACUAAAUGUAAAAAAGUUUUGACGUGUACUAUGCCUAAGAAAUUUUGUAAUAAAUUAAUCGGAUUUCCCCUCGUAAUCGUAAUGAUAAGAA